UAGUGCUUCUUCUUGUUCGCGUUCUUGCUCCGCCACUUUUGAACCAUUUAAAGGCCGGGAAAAUCCGUUCUGAAGGGCGAUCAAACGGAUUUCUGUUACAGUCGAUUUCAAAUCACAACCGACGGCACAGUUCCCGGGUAGCCAACGAACGAACGAUAUAUUGUAAUGUUUUAGAUAGUGAAUAAAUUAUUAAUUGCAAAUGAAUAGGCUGUGAUUACGAGUUUUUAACCGUUUAAUUUAUUGUAAGUUAGGAAGCUUAAAUUUCUGUGUUCAACGGUCAUAAUGGACGAAGACAAAUUUUUGACCCCGCGUAAAAUAUUCCAAAAUGCCUUCAACGCGGCUCGCAAUGCCACCACCGGUUCUCCUUCGGUUGCUGUGUAUACGCCCAACUCAUUAUCCCGCUCGGCGGCAGCAAAUAAUAGCCGUUUCAACUUGCUGCCGGUCAUUCAAACUCCACCGUCGCGGUUGAUAAACGGCAAGGUGAUAAAUCCGUUCGAGGCUCAUCUAACGGACCGACUGCAUCUUCCGUUAAUAUGCAGCCCCUCGCUAUUCAAUCGUCCAAGUACACCCCAGAACGGAAGCUCCCAGCAAUUCGAAUGGACAAUCGACGAAGUGUCAUACUUAGGACCGGCAAACGUAGAACCACACGAAACGCAAUUUAUGGACACACCCGACCCAAUUCUAGAAGCCAAGGCACAGGCGGCAAUCAGCACAUACUUUAAAGACCAUAAUAUAGUUCCUAGUCCAGUAGACUGCCAGUUACGUAAGCAAAAAAUAAUUUUGAAAAGUGAAAGCUCCUCUAGCGUUAGUUUCAUAGACUGUCGCAAUUCCAAACGAAAGCGAGAUGGAAUCGCUCAAACUGUGCUGACCUUCCCACCUAAUUUGCCCAAAGAAAUAGAAGAGCUUCUGGCCCGCUUCUGCACGUUCCACGACGACCAACAACAGGCUCAUGAAACGGUGGAUGAAUCCACGUCCAGCAUCGAUCAUGACGCAAGAGAUGCUUCAUUGAGACGCAAACUGUUCAACUGUAUGCAUGGUGUUUCUAGUUCUGGAUCAGAGAAGGAUGAUUCCCUUGACCAACUGGACCUGAGGUCUUUGAGCCCCGCUCCCGUUACCCCCGAGCUAGACCGGGAGGCUGUGCAAAACUUAAAACGCUCACGAUGCUUUGGAUCUCAAGAAAUUCACAUCGAGCCGGGGGACAUCUCUAUCAGUCCGGUUGUGGAACCUGGUGUCGGCUCAGCCACACAGAGAGACGAGUCAUUCGGUGCGUUAUCACCGAUUUCCAAGAGCUCAGCGUCGCCAUCCCCGCAGAAGGGACCCGCGAAGAAUUCAACCGAAUUGGCCAGAUCGGAGUUAGAUCAUGAUGCUAUUUACCGAAGCACGCCUGAGAGGCCGAAAACAGACGGUAUCCUGCGCCGGGUGAACUCUAGUGGCACAAGUCAUCACAUGUCGGUUGAUCUAAGCGAAAGUUUGCGCGGCGAUAGACGAGUCGAUUUAUCGGCCGAAUUUACCGAGGAAGAGUUAUCUUACGAGGACAAAAUGUUUGGUUCGUCCCAGUCGUCAUCAUCGGUGUCCCAGCUUACCGCUACUCCUGUGCGGAGUACCAGCAGAGAAAAACGUUGCAAUCGGAAAAAUUUGUCGCGUUCGUUUCUGCUUUUUUCGGACGAAGAUUGUCACCCAGAGAACCAGGAUCCCAGCGAAAAUCAAUUGCCGUCGCGCGCAGUACAGCAACGAAGUUUCAGUGCCAUCACUUUGGGUAAGGAAAACGCGCUCCAAGUUAAUAGCGUCAAAUUGGAACGAAAUGGAAAGCGUGGUGCUAUGUAUCGCAUGGAUAGUGGAUUUAACGAGGAUGAAACAACGCAUGGAAGCCAAGAGACUGUCGAUUAUCUUGAGACUGAUGUUUCGAUGCAAUCCGAGUGCUGUAGCGGAUGGACGCCCCACCGAAUGGGCAGCAAGGCUGCGACGUCCAACGGACAACACCUCGCUGGUUGCAGCAUAAGACUGUAAAACAACGAACAGGCGAUUUUAUGAGAUUUUUUUUAGGUUUUUAUUUCAUCUCUUUACGGCGAAUCCAUGUUUUAGUUGUACAUAAUAGAAAUUUGUCAUUAUAACUCAGAACAGCGCAUUUUAGGAAAUGUUUACUGCCAUUUUUUUAUCGUUCUUGUAAUUUUUUCGACUGUAUAUCUUAGAGUAUUGUAAUUUUGACCUUAAAUUUAAUACAAUUUGAUCAAUAA